CUUCACAUUCACACACUCAGCUGGCUUUUCUACCUGUUACAAAGUGAGCCAAGUUGCUGUUUGGAAUCGAUUCUUACAUCAGAAAUGAAGCUCGGCGACGUGUUUCCUGAUUUCGAAGCUGAAACCAGCGACGGGAAAAUCAAAUUUUGGGAAUGGUCCAAAGACUCUUGGAGCAUAAUAUUUUCGCACCCUGCUGAUUACACGCCAGUUUGCACCACUGAGCUGGCAAGAGUGGCAAAGCUAGCCGGGGAUUUUGCUAAGAGAAACAUUAAAGUGAUCGCUCUGUCCAUUGAUUCCGUCGAUUCCCACGUAGGAUGGAUAAAGGACAUAAAAAAAUACAGCGGAAUGCAAGAGUCGGACAAGUUUCCGUACCCAAUCAUCGCGGACCAAGACCGAUCGCUGGCCACGCAGUUUGGGAUGUUGGACCCAAAUGAAAUCUCAGGCAAAACUGGCCUUCCUCUGACGGCCAGGGCAGUAUUUGUCAUCGACCCUAGCCACAAGUUGCGCCUGUCGCUGCUCUACCCUGCCACCACUGGCCGCUCGUUUGAUGAGAUCCUGCGUGCUGUAGAUUCCCUAUUGCUAACCGAGGAGUUCAAGGUUGCAACACCAGCGGAUUGGAAGGUUGGAGACAAGUGCAUGGUUCAGCCAAGCGUCCCAGAUUCUGCCCUUCCUGAAAUGUUCCCAAAAGGCGUGGAGAAAGUUGAAGUGCCGUCUGGCAAAGGCUACAUUCGAAUGACUCCUCAGCCGAAUGUGGAUUAAAUUUGUAUAAUCUCCCCGCACAAUCAAGAUUGUAGCACUUCUUGCAUUACUUAAAUAUUAUAUUUUUGUUGGUUUCAGAGUAUUAAAAGGCAUACUUGUGUUUUUUGCACACGG